AUGCCAAUCCGAGAGCAGAAAGCAAGAGGCGAGUACGAAGCGAAUGAGAUUAAUAGCCCAAUUUCUCCGUUCCGACUACGUUAUCAUUUCGAAAGUAAUGAUAACCUCUUAUUGAGGCUACGUCAUCAUCUCGAACUGGUCAAGGAUAGGCUUAUAAACCUGCAGGAGCUUCAGGAAGAGGUAAAUACAGAGCUUCUUAGACAUUGUCCUCUUCUUGAGGAACAUCUUAUGCAAAUGGAAUCCUACCAGUUAUCUUCUCACGGGUAUUCUUCUCGCAUUUCCGACGGGAUGAAGAGAGAUGUAGGAGAGAUUGCCAAGAAGAUCUCUGAUUUGGUGAGCAAGCUUCCCCCGUUUUUUCACACUCUGGCAAGACAGAAAUCGUUAGACGAAGGUGGUAAUGGCAAAGGAAUUAUAGACCUUCCCGGCCUCCAUGCAAAUGAGGAAGUUCUCACCAAAUUGCAGGCUUUCAGAGAAGUUAAACAUGCAUUUAUGGAGCUUGGGACUGAACGGAAGAUCUGCCUCUUGAGUUUCGCUGUGUUCCCGGGAAACGGAGAAGUUCAUAGAACAAUGCUGAAGUAUUGGUGGAUAGGAGAGGAGAUUCUCCUUGUUGAAGGAGCUGAAGAAGCUGUGAGGGAAGUUCUCAAGGAUUUCACUGACAAAAACUUAAUCGAACCCGUCAAAGAGAGGCACAAAGUGGCUCCGAGCAGCUAUAAGAUGACUCCUUUUGUGCAUUCUUCAGUCAUUCAUCUCUCAAAGGAGAUUGGACUUUUUGAUAUAUACCGUAAAUCGGAGAGGCCACACAUGAUUUAUGAAGAACCUGAGACUUCUUAG